AUGAGCAAGAUCAAGGCGUUGCAAGACAAGCGGAGGAGGGACAAGGAGGCGGUCGAAUCAGCCGAAAGCAUAAAAUUGAAAUGUGCCAAGGAACAUGGAAAGGCCCACGUUGCGCAUUGCAAAGACUGUUAUGGAGAAGUGGUGCAGACGAUGAGAAGCAGAUACCUCGACUCCAAGGACGAGUGGUUCUCCAACAACACCGCAUUCUUGAGCGACCUCGACAAUCUGUUCGCAAAAUUGAAGGACUUCACAGAAGAUCUCAAGGCGAUUGAGGCGCGCAUCGACAAGGAGAAGGCAAAACAGUACCGCGAGACCCUGCCUAGAACCGCAGCAGGCCGCACCGCCGAGGGCGCGAUGAGCAGGGCCAACUUUCAGGCGGCAUUGGAGGACGGAGAGAAGCCAACCGCCACUCUUGUCGAGGACGUCCGCCGGGCUGUCAACAGGGGCGUUGACGACGCGCCGAAACUCGAGGAUUUGGCUUCAAAGUUUGACAAUCUUCCCUCGGAGAAGGAGAACGACGUCCUCAUCGACGUCUUCUUCCGUGAUCCAAAGACAGGCGAAGUUCCGCCGUCCUGCACGAAAUACGUGGAGAAGCUACGAUCUGGUUCAGACAUUGAAGAAGUUAUGGCUCAGAUUGAGGCUGACAGGCCAGCAAGGUCACAGGCGUCCGGCAACAUGGAUAGGCACAAACGGACGCUUAACGAGCUCAAGAGGGCGCAGGCGGCACAUGAGCAGGAUAAGAUCCUUAAAGCUCAGAAGCGGCAGCAGCCUCCUCCUCAAGGUCCGCAGGUCAAUAAAGAACUCUAUGACCUUCCCCCAUGCCAUGUAUGCUCGGGCAAGGUGUCUCCAGAGGACGUUUUGGCAUGCCCGUUGUGUCUCGUUUUUGCCGAGUUGAGCCUGACUAAGAGGACGGUCUUUGACUCGGAGAAAUGUUACGAGGAGGGAUACGACGAGCACCUCAACAGCGCUCAUAGCUGCGCUGCCGGCGAAGGCUGCAUCCAACUUAAGGACGAGGAUGAGGAGAUGGGCGGCAGCGGAGAAGAAGCCGUUAUCUGCGAGGAGUGCGCGGAGCAGCUGGGUCAAAGCACGGUUUACUGCUCGUCACGAUGCGCGAGCUCAGAUUUCCAAGCGCAUCGCGAAGGUGUGCAUAUUCCCAACUGGAAGGGCCUGGGCAUCGAUCUCGACACACAGGGCGAGCACUUGGUUUUUGACAACGAUGAGAAGACCAAGUACCAUGUCAAUGACAUUUCCAAAUUUGUAUGGGGACUGGAUGAUGCGUACGAGCGCAUCUUCAAGGGCAACAACCCCGACAUCAAGGACACACAGUAG